UAAUGUUGUUCACCUUUCUGUUUCUUCUACCACCUGUAUAAUAUUUCAUGAGCCAAUAAUCGACCCUCCCCCACUACCUGUACAACAAAUACACACCGCCAGGAUGUCGACGACGCCUAUGGGGAAGGAUUUCGACUCGAAGCCCAGCAGCAACUACUCGGCAGAUCCGAAGGAGACGCCAGGACAGGAGGGACAACCGAUCAUCGACUACAAUACCCGAAAUGCCAGCGAUGACAGGGAGGCGUAUGCAGAUGGAGAUGUUCUGGUCCGUGCCCCAUUGCAGCGUCGCCUCAAAGGACGACAUGUGACCUUUAUAGGAUUUGGAGGAGGUAUCGGUGUUGGUGUAUAUGUUGCGAGUGGUGCGGCACUUGCGACCGCAGGUCCGGCUGGUCUCCUGUUGGCCUACGCUCUGAUGGGCACGGUAUCGUGGGCGUUGAUGCAAUCUGUGGGCGAAAUAACCACGCUUUUGCCUUCUGCGGGUAAUUUCCCUCACUUUGCGACACUAUUCGUCGAUAGGUCACUAGGUUUUGGAAUGGGCUGGAACUACUUUCUCGGUUCCGGUCUUUCAGUCGCUUCAGAGCUGUCCGCAGCUGCUGUCCUCAUCGGGUAUUGGUCGUCAUUGAAUUCGGCCAUCUGGAUUACCGUUUGCCUAGUGCCCAUGAUCGCUGUCAACUUUGCGGCCGUGAAAUGGUAUGGCGAGACUGAAGUCGUUACCGCGAGUAUCAAAAUCAUCACUUUCGUUGUUUUGAUCAUCCUUGGUAUCAUCCUCGACCUGGGAGGUGGGCCCAAGCACGACAGGAUCGGGUUUAGGUAUUGGAAUGACCCUGGCGCGUUCAACACGUAUCCGGGCGUCACUGGAUCUCUUGGUCGCUUUUUGGCAUUCUUCAACACCUUUAUCAAUGCGGCCUACUCGUAUACCGGGGGUGAAGUGGUCAUUCUUGCCGCCGCCGAAUGUACCGAUCCUCACAAGCAAAUCCCGAGAGCUGUUCGCAGGAUCGUCUACCGAAUCGUCUUCUUCUAUGUCAUUGGCGUUAUCAUCAUCGGCAUGCUGGUCCCCUACACCGAUUCCCGUCUUACUUCCGGUACGGACAACGCCGCCUCUUCUCCCUUCGUUGUCGCCAUAGAGAACGCCGGAAUCUCCGUCCUUCCCUCCAUCUUCAACGCCGCCGUCCUCAUCAGCGCCUGGUCUGCCGGAAACACCUACAUCUACGCUGGAUCCCGAUCCCUCGUCGCCUUGUCCCUAAGUGGACACGCGCCAAGGUUCUUGUCAAAGGCGAGCAGAAAUGGUAUCCCGUAUUGGUCGGUGGCUUGCACCUCGGCAUUUGGAUUCUUGGCCUACCUGAGUGCUGGUAGUGGUGGCGCUCCCCAAGCAUUCGAUUGGCUACAAGACAUCACCGCUCUCACCUAUCUCCUUACCUGGGGUGCUCUCUGCUUCACAUACAUCAGAUUCUACGCUGCGCUCAAAAGCCAGGGCAUUAGUCGGGAUUCGCUUCCUUGGAAGAGCAUGUUCCAGCCCUACCUGGCGUGGUACGGGCUGCUCAUGUGCACCAUCAUCGUCUUGUUCAGUGGAUUUCCAGUGUUCAUGAAGGGAAACUGGAACGCGUCCGACUUUGUGGCAGACUAUAUCAGUAUCCCAUUGUUCUUUAUUCCCAUCGCUGGCUGGAAGAUCUAUAAGAGAACCAAGAUGGUCAAAGCUUCGGAAGCUGACCUUUACACUGGAAGACUUGAGGCGGAUUAUGAGGUUCCAGACAAACCGCCUACCACUUGGUGGGGCAAGUUCCUCGAUUGGUUACUGUAAGGCUUCUUCGUUUGGUUGUCAGGUUGUCCUAGAGCGAGGAGCAUUGCAUGAGAUAUCUUGAGCUGGCUCGUGGUGGUAUGCCUCUCCCGUAUGGAUAAGCUAUAAAAUAGGCACAGUCAAGAGAGAAGUUCUUCCUCAAUCCGCCCAAAAAGAUGUCAAGAAGUAGCCUCUGCCAGCUUGCCAGCUGAAAAGUGCAUAGCUCUGACAAUAGGACAGGCUACUGUGCCGGCGCUGGAUUGGCAAUACAGCAAAACACAACCAUGUCAC